UUCUGAUUACUUUUUCUUACCAACAACAACGAAUUAGCUCCCAAACCUAAGCUUUUGUCCCCUUAAGAGUUUGUCUUGGCUUUCUCUCCAUAAAGAAUGCAAAUGACUGAGAGAGGCCGAGCCAUGUGGCGCAUGUGCCUAGCUUCAGCGUUCCGCACAGCUCUAGCUUGCACAAUCGUUGGUGUAGCUACACUCUACGGACCCCAAUGGAUCCUCCGUUAUGUAGCAUUCCCAGCGUUUUCUUACGUCACGGUCAUUCUCAUCAUCACCGACGCCACGCUCGGCGACACACUACGUGGCUGCUGGCUAGCGCUUUACGCCACAUGUCAGAGCGUUGCACCAGCUAUUAUUACUUUAAGGCUUAUAGGACCAGCUCGACUCACGGCAGGAACUACUGCUUUAGCCGCAGCUUUAGCAGCGUUCGUGGUUGUGUUACCAAAUGGUUCAACACACUUGGUGGCUAAGCGGAUCGCGCUAGGCCAGAUUGUUCUUAUCUAUGUUAUUGGUUAUAUAAAUGGAGCAGAGACUGAGCCAGUCAUGCACCCACUUAGAGUCGCUGCUAGCACCGCACUCGGCGUUAUAGCUUGCGUUUUUGCACUUCUCAUUCCACUUCCUCGUUUGGCUACUUGCGAGGUCAAAGAAAGCUGCAAAGAGAUUGGUCAAAAUAUAACGACGCGAGUGAAGUUGUACAUGAAAGCUUUUUGCGCCGAAGACGCCAUAUCAGCAAUGGCUUCUGUCUCACAGGCUCGAGAGUUGUCUCAUACUUCAUCUAAGCGUUAUCAAACCAUCAAACGAUACCAACUAAGCAUGAAAUGGGAGAGGCUUCCAUUUAAGAUAUGGAGAUGGAAAAACAUGAAUGAUAACAAAGGAGAGAAGCUUCAAAACAUGGAGAUCGCUCUGAGAGGAAUGGAAAUGGUAUUAGUAAGCAAAUCUCCUAUACCUCCAAGUUUACUUGCUGGAGAAGUCAAAGAUGGUAUCAAGAACAUGCAAGAACGUGUCAUUCUCUCAAUCAAACGAGUAAACAACACCCCCCAACCGUCGGUAACUCCAGAAACCGAUCUAGAAAAACCCGACGAGUGCCUCCAAACACUUCAAGAAAUCCCGGAAACAUCUCAAGAUUUGCCCUUUUACUUCUUCCUGUUCUGCCUCAGGCUCCUCGAAACCAUCUCAACGGCUAAACCGGAGGAGAACAAAGUAAAACCGGAGGAGAACAAGGGCUCAGUCAAAUCCAAGAGUAGGUCUUGGAUUAGUGAUUGGGACAGCAAGAAGGUUAUGCCAGCGAUUAAGUUAUCGCUUUCGUUAGGUUUAGCGAUUUUUCUAGGGUCAUUGUAUAGUAAGCCAAACGGGUAUUGGGCUGGUUUACCUGUAGCGAUCAGCUUCGCUGCAGCAAGAGAAGCCACGUUUAAAGUGGCGAAUGUGAAGGCACAAGGGACAGUGAUAGGGACCGUGUACGGAGUGAUGGGCUGUUUUGUGUUUCAAAGGUUUUUGACGGUUAGGUUUCUUUCUUUGCUUCCAUGGUUCAUCUUCUCUAGCUUCUUGAGCAAGAGCCGUAUGUACGGACAAGCCGGAGGAAUAUCCGCGGCGAUAGGAGCCGUUUUGAUUCUCGGAAGGAAAAAUUUUGGAGAGCCAAGCGAGUUUGCGAUCGACAGAAUCGUCGAGACUUUUAUCGGCUUGUCUUGUUCGAUCGUGGUGGAGCUUAUCUUGCAGCCUACGCGAGCCGCUAACGUGGCAAAACUUGAGCUCUCUAGAAGCUUUCAUGCUUUGUACGAGUGUGCAAGCUUGUUUGGAGCUAAGCCGAGUAAAGCGGAGAUCGUGGAGAGUCAAAAGAAGCUGAGAAGUCAUCUUAAUGCACUCAAGAAGUCUACGGAAGAAGCACAAGCUGAGCCGAGUUUCUGGUUUUCGCCUUUUAACGCUUCUUGCUACGAAAAGCUAUUCGAAUCAUUGUGUAGAAUGGCUGAUCUAUUGCAGUUCAGCGGUCACGCGCUAGGGUUUCUUGGAGAACAAGGAAAAGGAAAAUCACCACAAUGCGAGGAGAUUCUUGGAGAGGUAGAGAAAGAUCUCAAGAGUCUAACACAAAGCAUAGGUCUUUUAGCCAAAUCUUUUGAGGAAAUUACUCUUCUCAAAUCGCUAGACGCCCUUGAAAAGGCGCUCGCAAAGAACGAUAAUGGUUCAUGGGACAUUGAGUUGGGGAAGACACCAAACCCUAGUUUCUCAAGCCCCGAAAGCGAGCCAGAAAAUAUUUUAAAUACGUAUCUCCAGCAUUGCAGAGGAGCUGCGGAUGGUAUGUUCCGUGUGGAAGAAGAAAGAGAAGAGGUUAAAGUGGACAAGAGUGAAGUUGUGUUAAGUUUGAGUGCAUUAGGGUUUUGCGUGGAGAAAAUGGGGAAAGAGGCAAGAGAAAUUGAGGAGAUGGUUGAAGAGGUUGUGCAGUCGGAGAAUCCUUCAAGCCAAGUUAACUUGCAUGAGAUCUCUUGCAAAAUACGUUCUUUGUACAAAUAAACGUAAUUUUCCAUUGAUAAAAUGGCUUUUUUUUUGUUGUUUCUCUUCUUGUUAAUAAGGUUGUGGGUCAGCUGGUUAUACCAAUAACAAUACCAAUUAUGUGAAGGCUAAACAAACAAAAAGUUCAUUUUUCUA